AUGGAUCAAAAGCGUGUUGUUGUCUUCAAUGUUUGGAGACCGGUUAAAGUUGUCGAAGAUAAUCCUCUUGCUUUUUGUGAUUGGCGAUCGCUAAAGAAAACAGACAUCCCGGAUUUAGAAAUUGAGCCUACAGACCUGAACAAUUCAGUCCAACCAUGGAAGUAUGGGACUCAUCAAAGAUGGUAUUAUAUGAGUAAUCAGACACCAGAAGAUGUAUUUGUUUUUGUACAACAUGACAGUAAGGGACAAGGAGAGCAUGGAAUGAAUGUGCCACAUGCUUCGGUGGUUCUAAAAGGCCAAGAAAACAAACCAUCAACUCGGCAGAGUUAUGAAUUCAGGAUUGCAGUGAUUAUGGAUGAUGGAUUUGUGUUAGAAGAUGUACUCCCAAACUAG